AUGACUUCGCCCUCUUCCGGGGAAUCUUCCUCGAACAAAGCCAAAGCAUCGCCCGCGCCGGCACCGUCUCCUGCGACUUCCAUCGCAUCCACGGCAGAUACUACUACGACCUCAAGACCCGAUGCAUAUGUGUCCGAAAAAUCUGAUGACAGCUCAAAAUUGAGGAUUCUUCUGAGCAUACUGCGAAAGUUCAUUGGCGUGUCAGAUAUCGCCUCAGUCAGAUUCUCUUUACCGGCCCAACUUCUCGAACCCACACCAAAUCUUGAAUACUGGAACUACUUGGACCGGCCAGAGACAUUUGUAGCCAUCGGCGAUUCUAACGAUGGUCUUGGCCGAAUGCUCGAGGUGCUCCGCUUCUGGUUCACCAAAGAUUUGAAAUACGUCAAAGGCAAGCCGUGCAAGCCCUACAAUUCUACACUGGGAGAGUUCUUUCGGUGUAACUGGGAAGUCGAAGAUAACGCCCCACCAAUACUCGGCGAGACGCACAAAGAAUCUGCUACACAACAUGUCGACACCAAGAACAAGCAAAUCAGAGUAUCAUAUAUCACUGAGCAAACUUCGCAUCAUCCUCCUGUAUCCGCAUUUUUUGUCGAUUGCCCUGUGAAAGGUGUCAGCGCCCGCGGUUUCGAUCAGCUAAGCGCCAAAUUCACAGGCACCAGUAUCCGAGUCACACCGGGAGCACAUAAUCUGGGUAUAUUCAUCAACUUGAAACACCGAGACGAUGAAGAGUAUCAGCUGACUCAUCCAAUCGCACAUCUUGGAGGUAUGCUUCGAGGCUCUUUGUCCAUUACGGUCGCGGAUAGCUGCUUCUUGACGUGCCGCAAAACCAAAAUGAAAGUCAUCCUCCACUACCUUGAGGAGAAUUGGCUGGGCAAGACACAGAACAAGGUCAACGGCGUAGUAUAUACCUACGAUCCCGAGAAUGACAAUAAGACGCGCAUCAAAGACGUCCCGGAAAAGGAUGUUUUGGCACGACUUGAUGGCUGUUGGCACGACCAAAUAUUCUACACACUACAAGGCUCGAAGGAUUCUUCGGUCUUAUUGGACCUCAGGCCCCUUUUCCCGACCGCCAAAAUCAUUCCCCCUGUCGAUCAACAACUUCCAAAUGAAUCCCAGCGUUUCUGGGCUGGCGUCACAAGUGCGAUAAAGAGCAAACAAUACACGGAAGCGACCAAGCUUAAGCAAGAGAUCGAAGAACGGCAACGCGACAAAGCCACCCAAAGGAAAGAGAAGAACGAGGAGUGGAAGCCAAGGUUCUUUACUGACGCUGUUACUGCUAAUGGGAAGCCUGAUCUGACUGAAGACGGAAAGAAAGCUCUCCAGGGACUGCAGGCCGAAGAUUAUGGCCUGCGAGACAGUGAUGUUACUGGUGCAUAA